GUCCCAACACGCCGGCGGACCGACGCCUAGCUUCUCCAUUCGGACGACAUAACAUCUGCCAUGGCAUCUCCGUUAAGGAGUCUGGUUGAAGAUGAUAGCCGCUAUCUGAAGUCCUUCCAGCUGUUCUUGGAGCGCUCCUCAGAGCAUCAGUGCAUGCAGGCCUUCAUCCAUACCAUUCUACCCAAUACACUGGCCAGCAUCGGCGAUGGAAAGACACAUGUAAAUAUCAUUGGAGUUGGAAGUGGUGCUGGCGAGAUCGACCUAGAGAUGUUCUCUCAGCUCCGUCUGAAGCAUCCAGGGUUGACUGUGGAUAAUGAGGUGGUGGAGCCCAACAGCCAGCAACUACACAACUACAAAGAUUUAGUGUCAGACAAAUCAGAUUUAGAUUACAUCAAAUUCUCCUGGAACGAGAUGACGGCCUCCGAGUUUGAGGAGCACUGGAAAGCGAAUAAGAUGACCAAGAAGGCGGACUUCAUUCACAUGGUCCAGAUGCUGUACUACGUCAAGGAUCUUGAAGCUACCAUCAGGUUUUUCCGGAGUCUUCUCAGCAAGAAUGGGAAACUUCUCGUCAUUCUUGUGUCUGGUGACAGUGGCUGGGGGAAGCUUUGGCAAACCUUCAGGGCCCAGCUGUGCAGCACAGAGAUCAGUCAGUGUGUGACCACAGGCGACAUCAAAAAGUUCCUGGACUUGGAGGGCGUCCGUUACCAGAGCCACGUGCUGCCAUCUCACAUGGAUAUCACCGAGUGUUUCAGUGUGGGAGACGAGAAGGGAGAGCUGCUGCUGGACUUCCUAACCAAGGUGAUGGACUUCAGCAGGACAGCCUCCCCUGAAUUGAAAGCAGGUGUGGUGGAUCUGCUGCGUCACCCUGACUGCAGCGCGGAGUCCAGGGGAAGAGUCAUCUUUAACAACAACCUGGAAGCGCUGGUCAUCGAGGCCCUCCCGUAGACACAGGUGUUGAACACAAUCUGAGUUAGGAGACAGGUCACUUAAUAUGGACCAACUGGGAUUACCAAUUGGGUUUUUAAAUUUUCCUAAUAGGAUUUUUUGAAGAGAUAUUCUUUUCGGUUGUUUGUUAAUUACUGUAGGUAAAUUUCAGUGUUUUUUUAAUCAGAAAAUUGGUUGUUUUUUUUUUAUGAUUUCAAUUUUCAUUUGAUUUUAUAUAACGGCAUUUUAAUGUCUUUUGCAGACCAGCAGGGGCUCAUAAAAAAAAAAGAUUAUUGUUGUUUAUUUGGUUAUAAACCACCUCAAAUAUUUAUGAAAUUCUAAAAUCAACUCAGGUCUGUUUCUAAACAGAUGGGGUUUAAGACAGGAGUGUGCAAAUCCUUACUCCAUUCAUCUAAACAUUGGCAGACUGCACAGUAUUUUCAUCGUAGCAAGUUGUUAAGAUAGAUAUGAACAGUCUUUGACAGCUUGACAGGUUGCACUGAUCUUUCAAUUUCUAUUAGACAUGUUGCACAUGGUUAUCAAAUAUGAACAAAGUCCUCUUUGAAAGCACUGAGCAAUGGAGGCAUGAGAGGAGGUAAUGCACGGUCUGCAGUAGCUCUGCAUGCUCACCUUCACUCAUUAAUAUCAAGUGGGUUUUUGUCAUUUGUAUACAUAUAUUGUCUAUGUUUUGUCAAUAUUUAACCAUUCAAUUUUAUACUGAUCUUAAAAAUGACUCAAUAAAAAUGCUAAAUACUU